AAAUCAUCUUCCGUAAACACUUCAAAGAAGCGCUUAAGCGGUGGUAGCUGUGCUUGAGUUAAAUAAACAGCCUAUAAACGCGUCUCAGCGUUGGCCAUUAUAUUUUUAAUGUAUUUUAAACUGUUCUGUGUUGUUUCUGCGUUGAGCUUAUUCUCGAAAUGUCACUGUUUGGGUGAAAAGGAUGAGAUUCAGAAUCACUGUGAUCUUCUGAGGCAGUGGCUUGCGCCCUCAUCAGUGACAGUGGAGCUCAACAAAAAGGGUUUCCACAGGGAGGUGACAACUACAGUUGAGUUCAGAUCCAAAGAGCUCAGUGGUGUCAAAGUUUUGCUGAUUCAUAGAUGGCCCAGAGAUGUCUAUGUUGAUCCAUAUCAACUUGCAUCCCUUAGCGAUCAAAACAAGUGGAAGAUAUUACUAGAUUCACCCAUUGACCUUGAGGUUCCUGCUCACGAAGCUUCAGGAUUUGUCACCUAUGUGUAUCCUUUCUCCACUGGACCAACUUCCAAGUUAUUCAAAGUAACAAUUCCAAUACAUGGUCGCUACCACAAGCCCUCGUUUGAUGGAAAAAUGUUUAAAUCUGUUGACAUAGAAGCUCCAGAGUUGCUGCUGCGGACAGAAAAAUGUGCACAGCUUAGCAGCUUAGAGCCUCACACAGUUGUGGAUGCACCAUGCACUGCCAGCAAUUCAAGCACUUGUUCUUGGGUUAAAGUCAAGCCUCAGCAGGAUCUCAAUCCAGUGAGUUUCCAGCUCCCAGUGGGUGAUGGGUCUUUGGUGGCACACGUAUGCGGAGGGACUCUUCUUGUCACAAUGAUCUGCUGUGUGGCACUGUCCAAAUACAUGUGGAAACAUCAAAUCAUUUAAAGAGCAAAAAUUGUA